AUGCUCUCUUACGACUCCCCAAUGCCUGUCAACGGACAGCCGCCCAAGUCACCUUCAAGCCUUACAAAUGGCAUUCAACAAGCUGUUGCCUCCAAGACUCAGCCCAUAGUUCCCAAUGUUCCGACUUCUGCCAACGGCGCUGCCCACGUCAACGGAUCGCUCAACACCAAGUACCACCAUAUUUGGCUAGUUACUGGCCCGGCUGGCUGCGGAAAGACGACGGUUGCUGAAUACUUGGCCCAAUGCCUUGAGCUUCCCUACAUUGAGGGAGACAGUUUCCACCCUAAAGCAAACAUCGACAAAAUGGCCAACGGCAUCCCCCUAACUGACGCCGACCGAUGGGACUGGCUCGUUGCCCUGCGCGAGGAGUCUCGUCACCAGUUGGCUGCAGGUUCUGACGGUGUCGUCCUGACCUGCUCCGCGCUGAAGCGCAAGUACAGAGACGUCAUCCGCGUCGCCGGGUACUACGAUCGCUCCAUCCUGAUUCACUUCAUCUACUUGUCCGCACCCGAACACGUCCUUCUGCAACGUGUGCAGGCCCGCAGCGCUUCUACAAACCACUACAUGGGCGCCAACAUGGUUCGCAGCCAGUUCCAGUCCCUCGAGCCGCCAAUGGCCGACGAGACGGACGUCAUCAGCGUCGACGUCAGCCGGAGCCUUGAGGAAGUCAAGCGCGAAGCCUUGGCUAGGGUCACAGCCAUGAUGGAGGAGGAGCGCAAGCAGUAA